AAAAAACAACUUCAUAAGCAAACUCAAAAGUCUUUCUUGAUUUUCCUAAACACUUUCCCACAUUUUCUCUUCAAACAAACAAACACAUUAUGAUUAAACACAUCAUGAAAUAUUUGUCUAAACUUAGUUUCAACACUCAAUUGAGUUAUUGGUAAUGUUGGUUUAUCUUCCUUCUUUUCUUCUAUUUUUUCACUCUCAAAUUUAUCAAACAAUCACAACACAUUCAUUCAUUCAUUCUCUUAACUAUCUUCAAUGGAAUUACCAACUAAAAACCCAGUUUUUGUUACCCGAAAACCAGCUUCAUAUUCAAUACAAACUCGAAACCUUUCAUACAAAUUGAGAACCCUUUUUGAUGACAUGAAAUGGGAUUGUUUUGGUUUCAAUACAAAAACACUUCCAAAGUUGAUUUUGAAGAGCAUAAAUUGUGAAGCAAAAGGAGGAGAACUUACUGCGAUUGCAGGUCCAAGUGGGGCGGGGAAAACCACGCUGCUCGAGGCUCUAGCUGGAAAGAUUUCGGCUAAUGAAAUCUCUGGUGAAGUUCUUGUUAAUGACAAACCUAUGGAGAUUAAAAGUUUCAAGAGAAUAUCAGCAUUUGUUAAACAAGUCGAUACAUUAUUCCCUUUACUUACAGUUGAAGAAACACUCAUGUAUAGCGCUCUUUUAAGGCGAUCUAGUAACCGAAAAGAGGCUGCAGAUAGAGUUAGAGAGCUGUUGAGUGAGUUGGGGUUAGAACAUGUUGCAGCCUCAAUGAUUUCUGGUGGUUCAAACAAUGCCAUUUCAGGUGGCGAAAGGAGGAGAGUUUCGAUUGGUGUUGAACUAGUUCAUGACCCUGCUGUGAUUUUCAUUGAUGAACCAACUUCUGGUUUGGAUUCUGCCUCAGCUUUUCACGUCAUGUCAUUGCUCAAAUCAAUGGUGGUUAAUCAAGGUAAGACAGUUAUUCUAACAAUUCAUCAACCUGGUUUUCGAAUACUCGAGCUCAUUGAUCAAAUCAUCCUUCUCUCAAAUGGGAAUUUAGCUCAUAAUGGAACACUCAAUCAUCUUGAAGAAAGACUUAACCGAAAAGUUCCUAAACAUGUCAAUGUACUAGAAUUCGCGAUUGAUGAUGUUGAGAGCUUAGUUACCACAACACAAACUUCAGAAGAGUCCAGAAAUCGGCUUAAAUCUAACAAAGGUCGCGACAAGGAAGAAGAAGAGUCACUUACCUACACGAAUUCACAAAUCGAAGAAGUUGUAAUACUAGGACAAAGAUUCUGCAGAAACAUUUUCAGAACAAAACAACUUUUCACUACAAGAGUUGUUCAAGCUUUAGUAGCUGGUUUAAUACUUGGAACUAUAUUCUUAAAUGUUGGAACUAAACAAGGAAAGAUUGUUCUACAAACCGAAACAGGCUUUUUCGCCUUUAGUCUAACAUUCUUGUUAUCUUCAUCGACAGAAGGAUUACCAAUCUUCUUAAACGAGAGAAGAAUCUUAAUGAGUGAAACAGAAAGAGGUGCUUAUAGAGUUUCUUCCUAUGUCAUGUCAAAUUUCUUGAUCUUUCUUCCUUUUCUACUAAUGGUAGGCUUUCUUUUCGCCACACCAGUCUACUUUCUCGUCGGGUUAAGAAGAGAACUUGACGGUUUUCUCUACUUUUCACUUGUGGUUUGGAUGGUUUUGUUGAUGUCAAACUCAUUUGUAGCAUGUUUUAGUGCUUUAGUACCAAAUUUCAUCAUGGGAAACUCAUUCAUUGCAGGCUUAAUGGGAUCUUUCUUUCUGUUUUCGGGGUACUUUAUAUCGAAAGAUAGGUUGCCUAACUAUUGGAUUUUCAUGCACUAUUUGAGUCUUUUCAAGUACCCUUUUGAGUGUUUCUUGAUAAAUGAGUAUGGAAAUGAGAGAGGGAGUAAUGAAAGGUGUUUAGAUUUUGAUGAUGGAAAAAGUUGCAGUCUUUAUGGAGAUGGAUUCUUGAGACAACAAGGUUUGAAUGAGUCUCAAAAAUGGAGUAAUCUAGCUGUGAUGUUGGGUUUCAUUGUUGGUUAUAGAGUUCUUUGUUUUUUGAUUUUGUGGUAUAGAUGCUAUAGAACUAGAAACUAGUAACUAGUUACUACUAUUAGUACUUAUCUAAAUAUGUAUAAUCUUUCUUUUGUAUUAUUCAUUUUUCCACAUGUAAAAUGAUAAUUUUAUCAUAUACAAUAUAAUAAUAAUAAUAAUAAAUUUUCAUUUGAGAUGAUAAUAAGU